AAAAAUGGAACUCAACCGAGAAAAUUUUCGCGCCAUAAUAUAUUACAACUUUCAGAGACAAUUAUUGCAACAAGAAUGCCUUGCUGAGUUACUGUCUGUUUUCGGCAACGAAGCGCCACAUCAGUCGACAACUCUUCGUUGGUAUGGAAAAUUUAAACGUGGACGGGUGAGUCUUAGUGACGAUUCCAGGGUGGGUGGACCAAAAACGGCAGUCACCCAGGAAAACGUCGAUGCUGUGCGCAAACUCAUCAUUGAAGACAGUCAUGUGACAUAUCGCGAGAUUGAGGCAACCCUGAAGAUCUCAAAGACCUUCAAAAAACAGCCAGACAUUGUUAGUGGUGAUGAAUCGUGGAUUUGCUGUUAUGAACCAGAAAAUAAACGACCGUCGGCUGUUUGGAUAGUCGCAACAUUUGUGUCAAAAGCGGGUCAUAUUGCAACAAUUCCUCUUAGUGAGCAAAAAACUGUUACUUCGGAUUGGUAUACCACCAUUUCUUUGCCAAAAGUCAUCACCGAGCUUCGAAAAAUCAACCUCGAAAGAAGAAUUAUCCUCCACCAAGACAAUGCAAGCUCGAACACAGCCCAAAGAUCAAGGCAGUAUUUAACGAAAGAAAACGUGGAAUUAUUGGACCAUCCUCCAUAUAGUCUCAAUCUAAGUCCUAACGAUUUCUUUACUUUCCCGAAAAUCAAAAACAGGCUGCGUGGUCAAAGGUUCCAGUCACCAGAAGAAGCAGUUGACGCAUUCAAAAAUGCCGUUUUGGAUCUGCCAGCAAACGAGUGGAAUAAGUGCUUCGAAAAUUUUUGA